AUGAGUAUAGACAAUGAUUCUUCAUGGCUGGAGUGGGUAACGAAGCAGUUUGAAAGCAUCGCUGGGGACGAUAAAGAAAUUGACUUGGAAGAAUUCAAAACUGCUCUGAAAGUGAAAGAGUCCUUCUUCGCGGAGAGGUUCUUUGCAUUGUUUGAUUCCGACGGGAGUGGAACUAUAAGUUUAGAUGAGUUACUCAAAGCCUUGAACCUUCUCAUCCACGGAGACGAAACAGACAAGCUACGAUUCCUCUUCCAAGUUUACGACGUAGAUGGCAGUGGCUCCAUUGACCCUGAUGAACUGCGCACGGUCCUGAAAUCGUGUCUGAAGGAGAGUGCAAUAUCUUUGCCGGAGGAGAAGCUGGACGACCUCACCCUGGCUCUUUUUGAGUCAGCCGACAAAGACAAGAGUGGCUCUAUCACCUUUGAGGAGCUCAGGGAGGAAUUGGAGCGCUUUCCAGAGGUCAUGGAGAACCUAACCAUCAGUGCCGCCAACUGGCUAAAGCCCCCGAGGACGGACCCGAGGAGCCCCCCGCCGCGCUACUUCACCCCAGCGUACUGGCACAACAACAGGAGCAAGCUGCUCUGCAUGGGGGGCUACGGGUGCCUCAACCUCCUCCUCUUCACCUGGGCUGCCCUGUGGCACGCGCCGCUGGGGGCCUGGGUCAUGGUGGCGAAGGGCUGCGGGCAGUGCCUGAACUUCAACUGCACCUUCCUGGGGGCGCUCAUGCUGCGCCGUUGCCUGACGUGGUUGCGCGCUACCUGGGUGGCGAAAGUUUUCCCGCUGGACCAAAACGUCGUCUUCCACCAGCUCGUGGGGUACGUGGUGGUGGCUCUCUCAGUGGUUCACACGGGAGCACACGUGGUGAACUUUGUCAGGCUGGCGCAGCGCCAGGGUCGCCCCGCGCUCUGGGAAUAUCUCUUCACCACGCGGCCCGGGAUUGGCUGGAUUCACGGGAGCGCCGCCCUCACUGGGAUCGCCCUGCAGCUCCUCCUCUGUUCGGACCUCAGUGACCCUUGUGUGGUCAGGAGAGGCAACUCUGAAGUCUUCUACUGGACCCAUCUGUCCUACAUCUCCGUCUGGGCGCUGUUAGUCCUCCACGGUCCGAACUUCUGGAAGUGGUUUGUGGUCCCUGGAUGUCUGUUCGUGGUGGAGAAGACGGUCGGCAUUGCGGUGUCACGCAUGGCCGGGCUCUACAUUGUGGAAAUCAACCUCCUGCCAUCCAAGGUGACUCAUCUGGUGAUCAAGAGGCCACCGUUUUUCCACUACAAGCCUGGCGACUACAUUUACCUGAACAUCCCGGCCAUUGCGAAGUACGAAUGGCACCCGUUCACCAUCAGCAGUGCGCCCGAGCAGCAAGAUACCAUCUGGCUGCAUAUCAGAUCACUCGGGCAAUGGACCAACCGACUCUAUGAAUAUUUCAGACGGCCUGAACCACUCAGCCAGGAGCCUAAACCACUAACGAGAAAUCUGCAAAAGCAGCGAUUUCACCAAUGGGCCCAGGAAUGUCUGUUCCCUUUGUCUGGCUUGGACGGGUCAGUAGCCACCAGUGAGGACGAAACGGUCGAACUGACAUCUUACAAAGCCACCAGGGGUCCUGGCUGUGGACCUGCUGACAUCCCCAUCGCCGAAAGGAAGGAAGCGGAGAGCCCCCAAGCCAGAGAGGUCUCUGCCAAGCUGAGGGAGAAUCACAGAGCUUGUAAUAUCAAGUGUUAUAUUGACGGCCCCUAUGGGACGCCGACGCGGCGGAUCUUCGCCUCGGAACAUGCCGUGCUGGUCGGCGCGGGCAUCGGCAUCACUCCCUUUGCCUCCAUCUUGCAAAGCAUCAUGCACAGGCAUCGAAUGAGAAAGCAGAAGGACCCCGGCGGCAGCCCCUCCUGGAGCGAGAGCCACAAGGACGAAGAAAUGAAGCUUCGGAAGGUCGACUUCAUCUGGAUCAACCGAGACCAGAAGUCCUUUGAGUGGUUCGUCAGCCUGCUGACUCAGCUGGAAAUGGAGCAGGCCGACGAGGAGCCAGAGGACCGUUUUCUAGAGAUGCACAUGUACAUGACGUCCGCGCUGAGUAAGAACGACAUGAAGGCAAUUGGCCUGCAGAUGGCUUUAGAUCUGCUGGCGAAAAAGGAACAGAGGGACUCUAUCACAGGGCUCAGGACCAGAACCCAACCCGGCCGCCCUGACUGGAGCAAGGUGUUCCGCAAGAUGGCAGAGGAAAACAAAGGGAAAGUCCAAGUCUUCUUCUGUGGCUCUCCAGCGCUUGCGAAGGUCGUCAAGACGCACUGUGAACAGUUCAACUUCCGGUUUUUCAAAGAGCAUUUUUAACAGGCUUCCUGCCCAUCGCUGCCUUUGCCAGAGCUCGGCGAGCUGUCUGUAGAACCCUCUUCCUGCCGGGGAUUUCAAGUGUCCGUCUUUGCUUCUGUGAUUGCUGGCACGUGCGUCAGAUUUACAAGGGAGCUUUCUUUGCUUUCCUCUCUGGCUGGAUGUAGGGAAGUUUGCACAAAGCAUGGCCUGAAAAUGCUCCAUGAAUAAAGCAAGCUCGUGUUCAGCUGAACCUGGUGUGUGGCACCUCCAGCAGAGUCCCCGUGUGAGCAAAUCUAGCCACGCUGGCGUCUCUCCUCUGUGUGGUGUGCUACUGGCUUAGGAUGGCCUCCUCGUGAAGAAUAAACCUCCCACUUCUAGGAAUUUACUGCCCCUUGAAAGCUAUGGGCAGAUCUUCCCAAAGGCCCAGUGACAGGGGCUGCCCUAGUCGGGUAGCCCUCCUCAGGAAGUGGUCAGGCCAGAUACUUCAGGGGAAGGUGCAGGAAACCUGCAGCGGAGCGCGUAUG